AAAAACAAUAACUUCACAAAGAGGGUAAAAAAAAGAGAGAUUGAAAUGGAAAAAGAUAAGUAGAUGUUGAGCUUAAAAAUCACACACAACACCUUUUUCAUUAUUUGACGAGAUUACAUGCUCCUCGUAAUUAUAAUUUCAAGGAUGAUAUGAAAGUGUUUUCCCCACUUGUGGAAGUCCAACCUAUUACACCAUCGCUUGAUAAACUUUGGGAUCAGCAUGAGGGUGCAAAAAAAGAUCAUCUUCGAGUUGAUAAGAAACCUUCUUUGCUCUUUCCUUCAUCGAAUAGGAGAUUUCCUCUUUCAGAGGAAGGAGGUGGCAGUGAUCAUCCAAUUUUUGACUGGAAACCUAGUUCAACUUCCAAACAGCCAGACAAGUAUGAGUUACCUAACAAGUUCAAACCUGAUCUCGGCAAAUUUACGCAACAGAGACAACUCCUCCAAUCAAGAGUCUUCACUGGGAUUUCCAGAGCAUAUCCCCUUCAGUUCUAUGUCCCUUUCUCUAGGAACAAAAAGUACUACUUUAGGGCAGUCUAACCUUGAUUCUCUGGGGUCAGCAUUAAACCACCCUCGAAAAUUUACCACUUAUGCUGAAAGGAUGAGUACUAAUCUGGCCUUUAGUGAUGGAACAUCCCUCUCGGUGGGUUCACCAAAAACAAAGAAAACAGGAGCUGAAACGAGAGAAGAACUGUUGAAUAGCUUGUUAUCAAGGACG